UAUUAUAAAAGGCCAAGCACCCUUUUCCAAGCAGUCCCAAGUUUCAAAGCCUAAGCAUCAUCUCUAAUGGAGUUUCACCUUACUCUCCUCCUCCUGCUUUUGUUCAUCGGCAUGGUUCAGGUCUUAUCAGAGGCCAUGGCUGAAGAGCAGAAACAUGCCCGGGUGGUGAAAGGACCAACAAGAAAGCUUUUUCGAUUCGUUGAUUGUGGGGGGUUGUGCCAGGCGAGGUGCAGUAUACUCUCGAGGCAGAACGUGUGUAAAAGAGCAAGCGGAACCUGCUGCGCCCGGUGCAGAUGUGUGCCGCCGGGCACCUCGGGCAACAGGGAAAGGUGCGGGAGAUGCUAUACUGAUAUGAGAACACAUGGAAACAAGUUCAAGUGCCCUUGAUUUUCCCAUCUGAUGAACUAAGAAACCUCUUGUCGCUGUGAUCAAAUGUGUGUAAUUUCAUGUUUAUGGAGUUUGAUGUUUUUUAUGUGGUGGUUUGUAAGAGUUAAUACCAGUUCUUGUUUGUUUGUACCUUCAAGAGUUCAAGUUCCAUCUUCUUGUAGUAUAAUCUGUACUGUUGUGUACUAAUUCAG